AUGGCCGAGCUGGGGCCAGAGCCGGGCCGCGCGUGGAGGGUGCUGGCCCUGUGCGGGGCCGCCGUGUUCCUGGCGGCCGCGGCAGCCGGGGCGGCCCUGCUAGCCUGGAAUCUGGCCUCCUCGACCUCCCGGGGACCUCGCUGCCCACAGCCAGGGGCCAACGCCACGGCGCCCCCCGUGGACCUGGCGCCUGAGCUCGAGGAACUGCGGCGACGGCUGGCAGAGGCGACCGAGCACGAGGAGGCUCUGGUCAGACAGCUGGACCAGGCCAUCCGAGUCGGUCGGGAGCUGGAGGAGGCACUGAGGGCCUGUCAGGGCCGCCAGAGCCGGCUUCAGACCCAACUGAUGACCCUGAAGACUGAGAUUGAAGAGGCCAAGGCACAGGGGACCCAGAUGGGGGCUGAGAACGGGGCGCUCACAGAAGCCCUGGCGCGCUGGGAGGCGGCGGCCAUGAAGUCUGCGCGGAGGUUGGACGAGGCACAGCAGCGCGCACGCGCGGCCGAGGCCGAAGCCGAAGCUUGCGCAGCCAGGGAGGCGGUGCUGCGCGAACGCGCUAAAGCCCUGGAAGCCGAGAUGGGCCCCCAGCGCAGAGUGCCGCAACCCCGAUCCCGCUCCGUGUCCCGACCCCGACCCAGCCCCCGUUCGCGCUCUCGCCCAGGACCCUCUGGGGGCUGCCGGAGGCCGGCGCGGCGCGCACGAGGGUGAGUCAGACCCCAGGAGGAUGAGGGCUCUGAGGCCAGGAGGGCACACACUGUGGCUGGAACAUGUAUAGAGGUGCC